CAUCCUCUGGUUCUCCGGCGAGUUCUCAUUCCUCAGUGAACUACAAACCAACAGCAGUUCUAGUCUCCCUUCCUUUGUCAGGUGAGCAACGGCGGCGACAGUGUUGUGAAGCAGUCCGUGCGGUGGACCUCGCGGUAGCAAGUGGCGGGUUUGGAGGUCCCGUGAAGCACCCCCGUGCGUUCUCUGUUCCGGCAAAGCAGCAACGAUGAAGUAACAGGCGGCGAAUGUGGUCCGUUUCCGGCGAGGUAGAAUAACGGCAGUGGCGGAAGUCAUCCCAAGUCUCCAUCUCCUCCCCGCGUGAGGCAACGAGCAGCAUCCCUUGUUUCAGCGCAGCAGUUUGGGCGGAACCCUUCCUCUCGUCGUGUCUCUCUCUCCCUCGGUGGUUCUCAGCGAAGACCCCAGCAGACCAAGCGGGGUAGAGAAAGGCAGCAGAUCGGCGCGCGAACUUGGGCUCAUCUCCUCCCGCGGUGUCAACUUGGCAGCUCCCGCAGCGGGUCUUCUCAGCAUGAAGACGCUUGGUAAUCAUGAUAGGAUAGUAAUCUACUUCUUCUGGAUCUGGUCUUAUUGGAGUACAUUUCUCCUUACUUGGGCUGUGGUACCUAUACUUCAGGGUUAUGAAGAUGCUGGGGAUUUCACUAUGACUGAAAAAUUGAGGACCAGUGCACGCGUAAACCUGGUCUAUUACCUAUGUGUUGGCUCUAUUGGACUCUUUGGAUUACUGUUGCUCAUUACUCUACGAAAGAACUGGAGUGGGGGUAUUCUUGGGUUUGCCAUGGCUUGUUCAAAUACGUUUGGUCUUGUCAUUGGGGCGUUUCUCCUUGGCUUUGGUUUGAGUGAAAUUCCCAAAGGCAUUUGGAGAAAUGCUGAUUGGACAACUCGUCACAAGUGUCUUUCGCAUGUGGUGGCUAAAAUGGCUGUCAAACUUGAUGAUGCCCAUCGAGAAAUUUCAAAUUCUAUAGUUAUUGCACAAGCAACAUCCAAACAAAUGUCAAAGCGUGAUCCUUUAAGACCAUACAUGACCAUUAUUGAUAAGAUGCUGAUGAAGAUGCUUAGUGAAGAUCCUUCUUUCAAACCACAGGGUGGAAGGUUAGGAGAAAAUGAUAUGGAUUAUGAUACUGAUCCAAAAACAAUGGCAGCACUUAGACGUCAACUCAGAAGAGCUCGAGAAAAAUACUAUCGAUAUAAAAGUGAAUACAUCAAUUUUGUUACUGAAGCACUUGAGCUGGAAGACACAAUGAAGAACUAUGAACACCGAUAUGCCAAUGGAUGGAGGUAUAUAUCAAGCUUCAGGCCAGAAAGAAGUGGCAGGCUAGGGUCUGUGUUUGAAGUAAUAGAGUUGGUGUGGCGCUGUAUAAUGAGAAAGCAGCUUGAGAGAAUUUUUGCUAUCAUAUUAGGCUGCAUGUCAGUUGCAAUCCUUUUGGCUGAGGCAACUAUUCUACCUGCAGUUGAUUUAUCUCUUUUCUCUCUUCUCAUUAAUGCUGUGAAAAAGCAUGAGCUACUUGUGCAGGUUGCUGCUUUUGUUCCUUUGAUGUAUAUGUGUGUGUGUACAUACUAUUCCUUAUUCAAAAUAGGAAUGCUGACAUUUUACUCGUUGACUCCAAGACAAACAAGUUCAGUCAGCUUACUUAUGAUAUGCUCGAUGGUUGCUCGCUAUGCACCACCAAUUUCAUACAACUUUCUAAACCUUAUCCGUCUUGGGAAUGGUGCCAAGACUGUCUUUGAAAAGAGAAUGGGAAAUAUUGAUGAUGCUGUCCCUUUCUUUGGAAGGAAGUUCAAUAGUAUCUAUCCACUUAUUAUGGUUGUUUACACCAUAGCAGUUGCAAGUAAUUUCUUUGGCCGAGUCAUUAGUUACUUUGGGAACUGGAAAAUUACCAAAGUGCAAAGUGAAGAGGCUGAGGAUAUAGAUGGAUUUGAUACUUCUGGGUUGAUAAUUUUACAGAGAGAACGUACUUGGCUCGAACAAGGUCAUCAAGUUGGUGGACUUAUUGUUCCUUUGGCUAGAAAUUUCAACAACUCGAGCUUGGACAUUGAGUCUGUUAGCAGUGCUGCGCUUUCCCACGAAAAAACAGUGUCAUCGCGUCUAAUGGAGGAUGGGGAAGCUCUGAACGAAGAAGCAAUACGCAACAGCUUCCAUGAUGGAGUAAGCGGAAAGUACAAGGCAAUAGAGACCGGCUCAAGUGAGAACAUCAGGGACACUCCCAACUCUUUAUAUGAAGCAGACAAUUCCCAAGAUAUGGAAGUUGAACCAUCCUCCGGGAGCAACUCAACCUGGGAAUCAGUGAAGAAUGGUUUUCGCAGUUUCAAGACCAACUUCGAGGCCGGGAGAUUCAUCCCUUUACGUCAAGUUCCCGAAGCAAGGCACUCGGAUGCUUCACCUGAAUCCCUGGAUGACAUUUUUGAGAGGAUAAAAAAGCCUUCUGCAGACUCAACACAUUUAUGGGACUGAUGAUGUUCUCAACAUUACAGAAUGGCCUUGAGGCCUUGAGUCCUUGACAGUUGAGGAAGCCACAAGUUUAAAGUAAGAGAAUUAGUAUAUACUCAGUAGGUCACAAAUUUUGUUCUUUCCUCCAUACAGUUCAUCUAUACAGAUUCUCUCUCGCACACACUUUACAUCAAGAAAAUUUCAAGGGCAUGUUUUGCCAUACUGUAAUGUGGCCUUACCAUGUAGAGGUGGAAAGCAAUAGACUUUGUUGCUUUUCUCAUAGUUCAUGUAUUUGAUGACUUGUAGUGAAUAGCAAAAUGGUUCCACUCUGUCGUUGGCUGUCGAUGAUUUUGUCCUUUGUUAGGUUUCGAAAUGGACUCAAAAUUGCUCCUGUAACUAAUAUUGUUACUGUAAUUGAGUAUAUGGUUUAUAAGUUACAGAAAAAUUUGCACUCAC